CCUUCUGUGUAGGAGCAAAAGGGCCAACUUUCUAUAAUUUUUACAGGUGGAACCUUAAUCGAUAAUUCGAUGUGUUCUUAUGAGUUAUGAGAGAUUCACAGAUCUAAACGGCCAGAAAUUUGGCUGUAAAGUAUUUCCUUUGUACAAAAAUAGAAAUAUCAAAGUCCCUAUUAAUAUGGGAAAAUUAGAGAAAGCAUGCAUAUUACCAUGUCAACUAGAUUUUCAAAACAGCUUUUUCUACUCGAGCUCAGGUUUUUCUACCCUUGUCCUAGCGAAGUGCACGUAUUGGAUUCCAAAACCAAGGCCAAAUGGGUGGCUGGCCGCCGCUCUCAGACAGUAAAACCAGGGUUUUGUUCAACUCAAAUUCAUUUGGUCCCAAACGAAAAGCAAAACCCUCUUGAAAAGAGUUUGAAAUAGUUGCAACCCACCUCACAUUAUUCUAGCCCAGCUGCUACAAAGUUCAAUGCUUUUUCAAAUUCAGAAAAGAGAAAAUAACAGUUCAGUUUGAAUAAAUUAUUAUACCCCAAGUUGUCAAAAGAGAGGACCUUUGUUCUUCUUAACAGUCAUAUACAUAUGCUUCUGUCAGAUUGUAACUUUCACUUAUUACAAACACCAAACUCUGUUUCCAUCUUGAGUAACCUCAAAUCUUCACUUUUCAUGUAUGGAGUCAUACUCCUCUCCCGUUUAUAGAGGGCCAGAGAGACAGUGAUGAGAUCUUGAGAAUUCUUGGUGUGUAUGUUUGUGAAAAUGGGUUCUCAGGUCUGGAGAAUGGGGAUGUGUUUCUGGAUGUGUUUGUUUGGCUUGAGCUUCAUUCAUUGUGUGAGUUCAGAAGGAGAAGGAAUAGGAGGUGGUAGUGUUGAAGCUUUGGUUAGAAUUGAUGGGAAAGAAGCCAUUGGGAAAAUAGAUGAAGAUUUCAUAUGUGCAACUUUGGAUUGGUGGCCUCCUGAGAAAUGUGACUAUGGAACUUGCAGCUGGGGCAAAACUUCUCUCCUUAAUCUGGAUCUAAGUAACACUAUCUUAUCAAAUGCCAUAAAAGCUUUUUCACCAUUGAAACUUAGAUUGGGUGGUACCUUGCAAGACAAAGUCACAUAUGAUACAGACGACAAUAAACAACCUUGCCCAGUUCCUUUUGUUGAAAACACCACAGCAAUGUUUGGUUUCAAUGAAGGUUGCCUUCCCAUGAAGAGAUGGGAUGAACUGAACUCCUUUUUUCUGAGAACAGGAGCUAAGAUUGUCUUUGGAUUAAAUGCCCUCCCUGGACGAACUUUGCAUCAUGAUGGCUCUGCAAGUGGAUCUUGGGACUCCACCAAUGCCGAAUCUUUCAUUCAGUACACGGUCAAAAACAACUACUCAGUUGCUGGAUGGGAGCUUGGGAAUGAGCUAUCUGGACGUGGAGUUGGAACAAGCGUAUCAGCAAGUCAGUAUGUCAAUGAUUCAGCUUCUCUGCAUAGCAUUGUACAGAAAUUAUACAAGGGUGCUGGACCAAAACCACUAAUCAUAGCACCUGGGGGUUUCUUUGAUGCACCUUGGUUCAAAGAUCUUGCAGAUAAGAGCACAACUUCGUUGGAUGCGCUCUCACACCACAUAUAUAAUCUAGGGCCAGGGGUUGAUGCAACUGAACGCCUUAUAGAAAAGAUUCUUGAUCCGGUGUCUCUGGAUAGUAUGGUUGACACAUUUAGGACCCUUCAAAACAUUUUAAAGACCUCUGCAAGUUCAGCAACAGCAUGGGUUGGGGAAUCAGGAGGUGCUUGGAACAGUGGUCAUCAUCUUGUCACGGAUGCAUUCGUGUUUAGUUUCUGGUACUUGGAUCAGCUUGGUAUGUCUGCAUCUUAUGAUACAAAAACAUAUUGCAGACAGACCUUGGUUGGUGGAAACUAUGGUUUACUCAACACUACUACCUUUGUUCCCAAUCCAGACUACUACAGCGCUCUUCUUUGGCACCGAUUAAUGGGAAGAAAUGUACUGGCAACGAGGUUUGGUGGACCGAAAAAGAUACGUGCUUACACGCACUGUGCAAAACAAUCUAAAGGGAUUGUAGUACUAUUGAUCAACCUACACAACACCACCACUGUUCAGGCCAAGGUUGCCUUCAACAGUACCUGGAGUUUGCGAUAUAAACACAGAUCUCACAAGUCUUUUAGAACAGAUAUGCUGAAGAACCAGCAUAGUGGUGUAAGAAGCAGAGUAGAAAGAUUGAGAGGUGAAACAGAAAGAGAAGAAUACCAUUUGACACCAAAGGAUGGAAAUAUACAAAGCCAAACCAUGCUGCUAAACGGAAAUGCUUUGAAUGUGGAUUCAUCUGGGAACAUACCUACAUUAGAACCUGUAUUUGUAAAUUCAUCGCGGCCGAUCAAUGUUGCUCCAUUUUCAAUUGUAUUUGUUCACAUACCAUACGUUGCUCCCCCUGCUUGCAGGUAGGUAGUAGUAUAUGGGAUCAAAAGUGGUACCAUAUAGUGAAUGCUAUAAUAAGAGAUAGAAUACAAUUUGAUGAUGUCCAUUUACGGCAGUCUUUUUCCAAAAGAGGAUAAAUUAUGAUUUUUCAGCAA